GGUAGCUUGGUGAGUCUAAUAGCUAGCUGCUAGGAUCCGAACGAGGGGCCGAGCCAACGUUCCAAAGUGUGGCUCAAGGUUAUCCUGAUGAGUGGCUCAGUACUCAGUAGCUGGCUCAGUCACGAGGGCAGUGUCAAGGAACAAGGAACCGAUCUUCACAAUUCUGCCGACGUCUGUCUGCGCCCGUCAACUUCGAUCACACCGAGUGCUGCAGCUUUGAUCAUUGUAUCUUUCGCGCUGUUGUGAGGAGCACUUUACGUGACAACUCACUGCCGCUGGAGACCUCUUGCUAUCGAGCUAGACUGUAUCAAUACGCUUUUUUCAUACGACAACCAAAAUAGACAUUCUGCAUCAUGAGUACCAACUCGGGAAGUUCCUCUUUGCGACCUGCCUGGAAAGGUGGUCGAGGCUUUCAGCCACCACCCACUGUGACAUCGGACAGCCGUCCAAGGUCCUCUUCGAUUGGUGGCGAUUCCAUGGCCAAACGAGACGCGAACAAGUUCUCUGCUCUUCAAGACGACGAAGGUGAAUUCAUCAGCAUCGAACGAAAGAAGGGCCGUGACCGUCACACCAACAAUAGCAGCACCGACAGUAGUAACAACAACGGAGAGCACAAACAGAAUGCUCGCAGCGAAGCCUUUCGCUCCAGCUUCCAUGGACGGGCUUCCAAACCUGGACGAUCGCUCGCGGAUUUAGCAGCCCGUGUACCGGACGGCAUCAGCAGGGCUGCUUCUGUCGGAACGUAUCCGGCCACUGGUGCUGCCGGAGGAGGAGGAGGAACCGGCGGAAGACGCUUUUCGGAUUUGGCCGGUCGAGGAGGAAGCGGUGAUCCUGCUCAGGAUGCGCUAGAAGGACGGAAUAAUCCUCGCGCUGAACCGUCCGAAUACAAAAAGGCCGUAGAAGCUGCCAAAUGCAUUCGCUACACCCGUGAAAAGCUACUCUCCAUGCGGCCUCGCCCGGACAUGAACGCAGGAUUUCCGCCGCCUCAUCUCAAGCACGUGGAGGCCGUUGUUUUGCUGUCCGAAGAGCCUCAGGAUCCUGUCUGUUGGGACGCCAAUGAUGCGGAUGCCGAUGAGAUUUGGGCGGCAGUUCCUAUGCGUCGUUCCAGUGUGCCAAUGCCCAAAGGAGGGCCUACUCGUGGUGGCGAGGAACUGACACCCGGGGAAAGACGCAGAAGUUAUAAUGCACCAAAUACGGGUCGUUGGCAGCGCGGCGUGGCUUUGCCUCCCUCGGAGGAGAAACGAGGAAGCGGCAAAGACAAAGAUGCCAACCACCCGAGUGAUCUUUGGGAUGAUCCUGUUGGAGGUGCCACCGGCGCGGCCAUGGACUUUAGUGCUUUUGGAGGAAUGCCAGAGGGUGAUCUCAAGGGUAGUGGUAGUGGUGGUGGUGGUGACGGUGCGUCUACUGGUAGUGGUGAUACAUUUGACUUUGAAAAAAUGGCAGAAGCCACUCGUAAAUUUGAAGAAGAGCUACACGGUUCUCGAGGUUCCAAUGACUUGGAGGACGAAGAGGAAAUUAAUGCCAGGCAGGUCCAUGUUGAUCCCAAGCGUCCACUAGCAACGAUCGGGACCACGAUCCGUUCGGGUUCAGGCGACAACGUUAAUGUGUUUGAAGAUUUUGAUGCACCCACGGAAGAAGACGACUUGGGAGAACAGCCGGCCUUGGAUGAUCCGGCAGCAGCACCACCUGCAGAGGAACCAACCUCCACCAUGACUGCCGAAGAGGAAGCAUCGUCCAGAUUGAUGGCAAUGAUUGGAGUUAAGAAAGAGGAUAACGCGGGAUCUGGCUUAUUAGGUCUUGGCGGUCCCUCUUCUUCUACCUCGAUCCCUUUGAAUCCUUGGGGUGGUCCCAUGCUUCCAACACCGCAAUCUACGCAACAAAAUGUUGGACUGGGGAUGGACCUUGCGUCACGGUUGGAAUCGUUUGCCGCGGAACAAAAGGCCCGCGAGGCUGCGGAAAUGGAACAGAAAGAACUUUUGCGGCGUAGACAAGAGCAAGAAGAAUCGCAACGACGAGCAUUGGCGCAGCAGCAGCAGGCCCAAGAACGGGCGCGCCAACAAGCGCAACAACAGCAAGCUAUGCAACAACAGCAACAGCCUAGUCCACAGGCGCAAGUUGAGUUGGUUCUCAUGGAACGUAUCACGACAAUCUUGGAAAACUCAUGGGGACGGUCCGAUCUUGUGUCGAUUUUAUCAACUCUCCAUGCUGAAGAUUCUCGAGUCAUUCCUCUGUUGGGAAACGUUGACUUGCUCAGGGACCUCAUUGCACACAAUCCUAGACGAGUUGCCUUGCGCCAGGACCCCGCCUUCGGCACCGAAAUGGCGGUCCUUCAAAUGACGAAUGCCCAGUUUCAGCAGCACGAGGCUCAGGUUCGCGCGCAACAACAAGAAGAAUUGCGACGCCGCGAAGAGCAGAUCCGUAUGGAAACUAUCCAGCGUCAGCGUAGUAUGUCAACCGAGGGGCCACCGCGUAUCAACCCCGAUGCCCCCUGGUUCUACUCUGACCCUCAAAACAACAUUCAGGGGCCCUUUCGUGGCGACGAGAUGAGGCAGUGGCUCGAAGCAGGAUAUUUCAAAGGGGACCUGCCCAUCAGCCAGCAAGCCAGCGGUCCUUUCAUCGUUCUUUCGGGAAUUUUCCCAGAUCUUUCAGUGGCUUUCAUGCCUCAACAAAAUGACAGAGCCCAGGAGGAAGCUGAAGCGAGGGCCAGGGCAGCAGAGGAACGUAGACAGGAAGAGCGCCGUAUGGAGGAACGUAUGCUUGAAGAACAACGACAUGCCGAGGAGCGCCGGUUGGAAGAGAGGAGGCUCGAAGAACGUCGACUCGAGGAGCAGCGACUUGCAGAAGAACGUCGCCGUGCAGAAGAGGAAUACGAACGACAAAGACAUGCAGAAGAGCUUGCGAGGAAGGAACAUGAGGCAAGAGAAGCGGCCGAACGCGAACGCCAGGAGAUGGAGGCUGCAGAAGCAGCGGCCGCUGCGGCAAAUGUGGAGGCUUCCAAUGGAGCCAACCAAUCUUCGGCGCAACUUAAGAUGAUGCUUGGUUUGUCUGGCGACGCGGGUGGAAUUGGUGUUGCGGCGCAACCUCCUCAACCUGCACCAAACGCUGUGGAACAGUCUGCCGAGAAACGGCGCAGCAAGGCGGACAAUAAUAACAACAAAAACAGCAACAAUCAGAAGCGAGCAAAGGAGCCAGUUCCUGUGCAACAACAAGCUCCGCCUCCAGCGGCGAAACCGGCUGCACCUGCCUGGGGAGGGGCAGCCACUAAUGCAACAACUUCGCGAAAGAGCAUGUCCGAGAUUCAGAAAGAGGAAGCGCGUCGUGCGGCUGCCCUAGCAAUGCAACAAGGAACCCAGCCUCGACAACAACCGAGCAGUGGCUGGGCAAAUGUUGCAGCAUCGGGAAGCUCUGCUUGGACCCCUGGUACGGUCAAGCCCAGUGCAACAAUGGCCGGUGGCGGACCAGCUACAGCUGCCAAAACGAGUGCGCAGGCUGCAGCGAGACCAAAGCAGACCGCAGUGGAAGCGCGAAAGCCUACUGGGCAGCAGCAGAGAGCAACGGGUACAGCCGCGGAGGAGUUCGGGGCCUCGAUGUCGCCAGCCUUGGAAAAGUGGUGCAAAGAUUACAUGAAGAAGCUGAACGGCACAGAAGACCUGACCUUGGUUUCAUUCUGCAUGACCCUGACCGAUGCUAUUGAGAUCCGCCAGUACCUGACAACCUACUUAGGAUCGACACCUGAGGUCAACACCUUUGCCACUGAAUUUAUCAAAUUGAAAGCCAGCCAGCAUGGAAAGGAGGAAUGGGAGACGCUUGGCAGUCCUAAGAAGGGAAGGAAGAAGAAGACAACCUUGCGAUAAGAUCUCUUCAGUUGUCAAUCUACCUAACUUUUCAGUAUUAAUCCCACAAGAGCCCUUGGCUGGCUAGCUAGCUACAGUAGCCCUCCUGCACCACUGUUUCCGGUAACCUUCAAGAAUUCUUCAUUCUAGUAGAAGUUAUUAGGUAGUCAAAAAUUUCGGAAGUUUUCCUGGAUUACCAAUGAUUGGCGAAGAUGUAUCUGGGAAUUUUCCAUCAUCAGUCGCUGGUUCAAUGUUUCCAUCGGGGAGGACAGUAAUAGGAUAGGGGACGAUGGGAGCUGUCAUGUCGAUCACGUUAUCCGCUGUAUACUUUUGCCAAUUUUCGUCAGCAAUGCUAUUCAGACGUCUCACGCAUCCCAAGCUGGCGGGAUCGCGGAAUUCAUCCUCCAUAGUACCUGCCAGAUGAGCGAAACAAUACAUCCGAAAGCCGUGGACAUCACCAUUGGGAACUGACGCCUUGGUUGCAACAUGAGCCGGCUGCCAGUACCCCAUCAGAAGUUCGCUAUCACGAUUGCCAUCCAAAGAACGUUGAUUGAUAUUCGCUGACCCAAUAAUGGCAAUAGCGUCGUCUACAAUGGUCAUCUUGGAAUGAGUGUAUACCAAGUGUCGUCGUGUGCGGCUCAGCAAACCGUUGUCAAAGUAAGUCCCGGAUGCUUCCGCUUUCUCUCUUGCUGCCAGACAGUAGAAGUUCAGAUAGUCGGUUGGUCUUGCAGCUGCGAUCAACGCAAUUUGCUCCUGGGUCCCAUCUCUGCCCAGCUUGCUUCUUCGUCUCCCAAUCGAGUUUGCAAUCCGCUCGUACAUGGUCCUCAUGGUGAAAGAUUGGUAGGCGAGAAUGCUCUGUACUGAGGCGGCAUCUGGAAGACCCUCUGGCCACAUUGGCAGGACAAUGUAAGCAGCAAACCGUUCGCCGCCUUCAAUCUUUUCGCAAAUCUUGUACGUGAUCUCAGCAGCAACCAGAUUGCAGCAUUUGCCAUUUUGCUCGUCUGGCCACAAGAAGGAGCUGCUCAGAAAGUACUGAGACUCCAUGUAUACGCAAUGCUGUGCAUUCCUUAUAUGGUGUACUAAAGCUCUGAAAAGGAAGCAAGAGGAGCACAUAAGGUUGGGUCCCUGAAUUACAUUCCUUGCCAAGAUGAACUUACCGAUGGCAAGAGCUAUCGACUCGUAAAUCUCGUUUCACGUCGAGCUCUGCCCUUUCCAGCGUGAAGGCACCAUCGGCCGGUUUUCCCUCUGCGAUGAAGCGCUGCUCUUUUUCUUUUCCCGUUUUCAAGAGAUGCUCUAGAAUUGUUUGUCGUUUCCCCGCUUUUCGUUUCCUUUUCUCAUUGAAGCUUACCCCCUGUGUAUCCUCGAACUGGUUUGCCCGGAAUUUUGUUUUCUUCAACUUGGCCGUUCGUUCGUCAAUUGAUCGAAAGAGUUGGGUAUGCCAAGCAUCUUCCUUCUCGUCGGUUUCGGCGGGGUUGUAGGGUAGAAUCCCAAAAUGGUCCAAAGAUACUAGGUCGGACGCGAGACCACCCUGGCCAAUCCAUCGUUCCUCAAAAUUCUUGAGCACGUCCAGCGCGCCCUCUCCCUCCACGCGAGAAUGGAUAUCAUGCCAAGGCUGGCGGGGACCCAUUGUGCUGUUUACAACUGCGCAUGCAUUGUGGAAGUCUCCCUUGUGAUCCGUUUCGAGUGUUUUGAAAAGAGGAUAGCUGCCGUCAUCGUAUCUUCCGUAUGUAAGAUCAAUGCCACCUGAAGCAAUCAGGAAACCAAGUUGAGACGAACGCAUGGCCAGAAAUGCAUCCACUGACCGGACCACAAAUGACACAAUACCACUCACCAACAUAGGCUACCAACUCUUUUCUCGGCGUGUCACACAUGAUGCAUUUUUGGUGAUGCGAAUAGUAGACUGCAUUGCGAAACUUCUUGAGAACGUUGGCAUCCCCCCCACCCAUCGGUGUAAGCCUCUGAAAGAUUCAGAAAACGACGUUACGUGAGCAGCAGAUGUCCAGCAGCUUCUAAGCAGGAUCUAUGCGGGGGUUGAUGACUUACAAGGUUAACUUUGGAACCUUUACGAAAGUAUUCCCUUAACUGGGAAUAGAGGAGGAAGAAAAGAACUGUGAGCUGCAUGCUUUCAUUAUAAAGAAACCUUGAUGGCUGUGGCACGCAAUUUCCUUCACUUACUUGCUCAUCCAUUGUCGCAACGACGCCAAUCCUGAAGGAGGAGAGAAGGGUAGAAGGUUAGGGAAACGAAGGAGAAGAGGGACGGAGCAGGGUAACAACCUCUGGCACUCACCUGUUGAUGGAGUUCGAGGUCUGAUCAUCCCACACCAGCAUAUUGACGACAACUCCCUCGUUGGCCUUCUGAUUUAACAAUUCCCCAAUUUUGGGACUAUACUUGGACCCGUCCUUUCUGGUGUGCAACCCAUUUGUUCGUUCGACCCCUCUUAGCAGCGAUUGAGUAUAAUCUACGGACCAUCCAACAAUAUAGACCAUGUGUUCAGCCUGACAGAUUGAAUCGUAAACGUCUUUAAAGUAACGUUGACCUUCCCAUGUCUUCUCAUUUUCCUUGCCAUAAGUCACUGGCGGUGUGUGUCCCUUGUCAUCUGCGUUGAUGUAGAAGCGCACUCGGUUGUAGUGUUGGGCAGAGAAGUAUACUCCAGGGACAGCCAUGGUAACUGCGGACUUUUCGGUCAAAAGACCAAAAUCCCUCGGGGGCUUGUGUAACAAGUCCUUGGGAAUGA